CUGUUGUUAGCAGGCUGUCGGAUUCACGGACUGUUUCCUAGACGGACCUGUCCGAUGGGCUAAUGUGUCCGCCCGCACUCCUGCAGGAAUGGAUGAUGACGCACCGGAAGAGUUACUUGCCGAGCUGAAGACCAGAGCCCUCGGAGGAUGGGGUGUUGCUCAGAUAGCUGCUGGCACUGGGCUGGCUGUGUACGCAAUGUGGGUGGGAAUCGUCCAGCCAGGUUUUAGAAAAGUCCCUCUGAGGCUGCAGGUUCCCUACAUCCCAGCCAGCAAAGCACAAGUAGAUAAUGUCAUGACACUGGUGAGAGGUCGGAAGGGAGGCCUGGUGGAUUUGGGAUCUGGUGACGGUCGCAUUGUCUUGGAAGCCCAUCGGCAGGGUUUCACUCCUGCUGUUGGUUAUGAGCUCAACCCUUGGCUUGUUCGACUCGCCCGCUUUCAUGCAUGGAGAGCAGGCCAUCAUGAAAAUGUAUCAUAUCGGCGGGAAGAUCUCUGGAAGGUUGACUUGACAGAAUGCAAGAAUAUCACAGUGUUUUUGGCGCCUAGCGUGCUUUCAUUAUUGCAGGAGAAGCUGCAAACUGAGCUUCCUGAUGAUGCUUUAGUUGUAGCCGGACGUUUUCCCUUACCUGACUGGAAACCCUGCAGGAUUGAGGGCCUGGGUGUGGACAGAGCCUGGGCCUACAGCAUGAAAGCACAAAGACUGCUAGCUCUCAGAAAAAACGACAACCUCGUAGUCACAGAUAGCGACACUGUAACAAACUAACCAAGGAGAAAAUAAUCAGAAAGACUUUUUGAUUAUAUCUGCAACCGGAUUUUUCUGAGAAGCUGUGUAUGCAUAUGCAUUGGUGCUUUUCACUCUAUUGUUGUACUGAAAUGACAAAUUUUAAUAAGUUUACAGAAAUUUGCAGAAAUGCUCUCUUCUAUAGUUUUGAUGGAUUUGUUGUCUAAUUUCUUUAUCACCAAUGUCUGAACCACUUUUAAACCAGAAAUUCCUGUGUGAGGAACUAACUUUUGGUAUAUUACAUGUUGAGGAGGAACAUGCUUUUAAAAGUUGUUUUAUCUAUAGUUUUUGCUGUGUUAACAAUAUGCCAGUAUGUGCUUAAUAUUUUUUAGGCCUACAUAUAAUUAGACGUCUUCAGAGAAUAUUUUGGAUUUCAUGUUGCAGCUUGAGGUAAGAGGAACUAAACAAUUAAUAGCUUCCGGGUGGUUGUGUGGGCGGGUGGACUUUGCCCUUCAGAUUUCUGUUAGCGUGAUUGUUAUUUUCUCCAAUGUCACAGACUGUAACCCUUGGACUCACCGUGUCCAUACUGUAUUGUACCUUUGAUGGUAUGACAUAUUUACAUCUGUGUACAUAUAAGGAAGUAGUAAAAUAAUUAUCCAGGAUCAGUUUAUUUUUGACUGUAACCUCUUUGAUUCUCUUGAACAUAUAGUUUUUACCGAGCAAUGAUAAUGGCAGCUGUAGGCAAAAACUAAAAUAAUGCAACAGAUAAUCUCUGCUUUAAAAUGAAUUCCUCGAAUCCGUGUGUGGAUUGUAAAUUCUCAUUCAUCAUUUGCUAAAUUGGCCUAAAUCUAACAGGCAAUAUUCCUUCACAGUGACUUGAUUGUCAUUGUUGGAAACGGCCACAGACACAGUUCAUAAUAAACCAUUUAAUCAAAAUGCAGCAUUAACUACAUGAUACAGAAUAACUUGUAAGAAAUUUGCUCUUUACACAACUACCAGCAUUAAACUGAAUGUUUUUUAUAUGA